AACCAGCAGCAGCAACAUGCCUCUGGUAAACCCCUGGCUCAGGUGCCUCUUCAUCAGCUUCAACGUCUUCUUCGGGAUCUGUGGUGGACUCAUCAUCAUCGUCUCCUUGGCUCUGCUGUCUCCGUCGCUGGACGACUUGCAUGGAGGAGAAGACGUUGAAGUUCAGAGAACCAGUCGCUACACUACAGUUGUCCUCUACAUCGCUGGCUCUGUUAUCAUGGCGAUCGCCAUCUUGGGAGCCUAUGGAGCCUUUAAGAAGAACCGGGUAACUCUGACUGUGUUCCUGGUGUGUACGGUCAUUGGAAGUCUGCUGAUGCUCCAAGCUGGAGUCUCUGCUGCCAAAGCCCGACCCAAGUUGGCGAGUGUGAUGGAGGAAAGGUGGCGUUCGUUUCUUCCACUGGAUCAGGCUUCAGACGACAUCAAGAAUCAGGCUGAAGCUCUGCAGAAAUCACUGCACUGCUGUGGCCUGUUCAGUCAUGAGGACUGGAACGGGAACAUCCCCGGCUCCUGUCUGUGCAACCAGGAGGAGAAGGAGCUGCAGGGAAAGUGUCACUCCAUCAGAUACGGAAACUUUGUGUUCAACCUUUUCUGGGAGAAGAAGUCUGUCUUCAGACAGAACUGCUUCCCUCUCCUCCUGUCCUCUGUUACAAGAAGUGCUAACAUCAUACUGGGCGUCUUCUUCACUCUGUUCGCCCUGGCGCUGCUGGGCUCGGUGCUGUCUUCACUGAUGAUCUACCAGAUGUACAACACCUCCGACAGGCCGAACAUGCCGCUGUUUGUACCAGUGAUGUUCAUCGACCAGCCGCCUGCCUACCAGCAGCUGGACAACCUGGCAGAGUAGGCGGCUUCAGAACUUAAAC